AUGAGAUUCACUCUGAUCAGCCUCGUCGUCUCGCUCAGCGCCUCCGCCGCUUAUGGUUCGACCAUUGGUGCACGAAAAGCUUCUGAUGUGCAGACAAGUACUCCAGCUCUCAACGGCACCAGUAACAGCAGCUCCAUCAUUCCAGCGACCAACGCAACCUCCAACGUAAAUGGAACCUCUAGUGUAAACGGAACCUCUGGUGCAAAUGGCACAGCCACCCCAACCAAAGACACCAUUCAAGCGAAGAUUACUAAAUUGGAGACCAAGAUUGCAAAAUACAAGAAAGAAAUUGCUCAUGAAGAAGAGAAACUUGCUGCCCUCAAGGCCAAGAAAGAAACAGAGGGUCACGGAAAAAAGGAUGACAAGAAAUCCCCUGAUGACAAGAAAAGUCCUGAUGACAAGAAAAGCCACGAUGACAAGAAACCUAAAGACAGUAAACCUAAAGACGGUAAACCCACCAAAGACGCCGACAAAUCAGCCAAGAACGGCACAUCGAGUGAUCCUACAACAAAUGGAACAUCAACUCUUCCAACAACCAAUGGGACCUCAUCUGUUCCGGCACUGAAUGGAACAUCAACUCUUCCCCUAACCACUUAA